AUGGAUUACCGACGGAUAAAACGAAUUCUGUUUGUUUACGUGCUUAUGAACUGUAUUUUUAUUUCUCUUCAGAAUAAAGAAGAGGUGCUUUUGGACAUGAUGGCAUCCGGAGGAGAGCUGGGCUGGCUGACAUGGCCUGAUCAGAAUGGGUGGGAGAUAGGCCAGCAGGCUGUUAAUGGCACCUUGCUCUAUAACUACUUUAUUUGCAAUGUGGAGGCACGAGAGCAGGACAACUGGUUGCGCACCACCUUCAUCCAGCGACACCCGUCCGCCACCAGAGUCUUUGUGGAGAUACGCUUUCUAGUUCGUGACUGCAACUCUUUCAAUGCGGACUCGCUCACCUGCAAAGAGACUUUCAACUUGUACACCUCUGAAGCCGAUGCUGAUAUUGGUACCAGCUUCCGCAAAGGCCAGUUUCGCAAAGUGACCACUAUAGCACCUGAUGAAAUCUCUGGCCUUGGAGAUAUGAGAAUCAACACAGAGACGCGGAUAGUGGAUAAUCUCUCCCGUAAAGGGUUUUACUUGGCCUUUCAGGACAUCGGGGCCUGCGUGGCUAUCUAUUCUGUUAGGGUUUACUACAAAAUGUGCCCAGCAACUGUAAAGAGCUUGGCAGCAUUCCCCGAGACAGUGGCUGGGGGCGAGAACCAGGCCCUACGGGAGGUAGCUGGGGCAUGUGUGGAAAAUGCUGAAAGUGAAGACCAACCGCGCAUUUACUGCACUGUGGAUGGAGAAUGGGUGGUUCCUGUGGGCCAGUGCCAGUGCCGCCCUGGAUAUGAAGCCGUGGACGAUGCAUGUCAGGAAUGUAAGCCAGGCUUCUUUAAAGCCUCGGUCUCCAAUGAGGCCUGCGAGCCCUGUCCAAAGAACACUCGGCCUUCAAGUCCUGGUGCUGCAACUUGCUCCUGCCUGGACGGGUUUUACCGAGCCCCAGAUGACCCCCUGACGGCACCCUGCUCAGCCUUGCCUUCACCUCCCCGAAAUCUGGUUGCCACCACUGCGCAAAUGGCUGUAGGCAAAUUGCUGUUGUCCUGGACCCCCCCGGAAAAUACAGGAGGGCGCUCUGACAUUUCCUACAGUGUGGUGUGUGAGCGCUGUGAUGCUAGAGUGUGUCAGCCCUGUGGAGAAAAGGUGCGUUUCGAGCCCAGCAGUACGGACCUGAAGGAGACCACCGUGACCAUGAGCGAGCUGGAGCCACAUCUGAACUACACAUUCACAGUGGAGGCUCGGAGUGGCGUUUCCCAACUCAGCCCUCGGAGAGCAACCAGCACCAUUAACACAGCCCUGCACUACACAGAUCCUCCAAAUGUGACUGGAAUGACACUGGUGGAGAGCAGCCCCACAAGCUUGUCGCUGUCCUGGUCCGUGUCUCGCAGAGCCAAGCCCAACACCAUCCGCUACGAGCUUAUGUACCGGAAAAAGGAUGAUGAUGAGGCAAAGAUCAACAAGAAGGUCACGACAUACACAGUGCUGGUGCUGGAGAAGACCUCGGUCCAGAUCAGUGAUCUUUCUCCCUCCACUGCAUAUUUGUUUAAAGUCCAAGCUCUCAGUGCUGAGGGAAAUCCCAGCAGCACUGGUGUGGAACAGGAGUUCUCUACACCGCCAGAAGUUCCUCCAAACCAGGGAAACACGGCUGUGAUUCUUGGAGCUGUGAUGGGAGGAGGUGCCAUACUCUUUAUUGUAGUGGUGGUCCUGCUUCUAAACAAACGCCGAAAAAGCUCUCACGCGAGGCAAGAUCCAGAGGAUGCCUACUUCUCCAGCCCAGAGCAACUAAAGCCUCUGAAGACUUAUGUUGAUCCACAUACAUAUGAAGACCCCAACACGGCUGUGCUCAAAUUUGCCAGCGAGAUUCAUCCGAACCACAUCACCAAGCAGAAAGUCAUCGGAGCAGGUGAGUUUGGAGAAGUGUACCGAGGCAUCCUGAAGGUACAGGGACGAAAAGAGUUAGCGGUGGCCAUAAAGACCCUGAAGCCUGGUUACAGUGAGAAGCAGAGGCAAGACUUCUUAAGUGAGGCCAGCAUCAUGGGACAGUUCUCCCACCAAAAUAUCAUCCGCCUGGAGGGAGUGGUCACCAAAUUCAAGCAUGCCAUGAUUAUAACUGAAUACAUGGAGAACGGAGCACUGGACAAAUAUCUCAGGGAUCACGAUGGAGAAAUGUCAUCAUUCCAGUUGGUCGGAAUGCUCAGAGGCAUUGCAGCCGGGAUGAAGUAUCUCUCAGACAUGAGCUAUGUACACAGAGACCUGGCUGCCCGCAACAUCCUGGUCAACUCCAACCUCGAGUGCAAAGUGUCUGACUUCGGCCUGUCCCGAGUUCUUGAGGAUGACCCUGAGGGCACUUACACCACUAGUGGAGGAAAAAUUCCUAUCCGCUGGACCGCUCCAGAGGCCAUCGCUUAUAGAAAGUUCACUUCGGCCAGUGACGUCUGGAGCUUCGGGAUAGUCAUGUGGGAGGUGAUGGCCUUUGGAGAGAGGCCCUACUGGGACAUGAGCAACCACGAGGUGAUGAAAGCCAUUAAUGAAGCUUUCCGUCUACCUGCUCCGAUGGAUUGCCCGUCUGCAGUGUACCAGCUCAUGCUGCAGUGCUGGCAGCAGGAUCGUUCUAAAAGACCACGCUUUGGAGACAUUGUCAGCCUGAUAGAUAAACUCCUCAAGAGUCCUGACUCCCUUAAGACUAUUGCAGACUUUGACCCUAGAGUUUCUAUCCGGCUUCCGAGCACCAGCGGCUCUGAUGGCUCUCCGUUUAGAUCGGUGUCUGAAUGGCUAGAAUCUAUCAAAAUGAGCCAGUACAGUGAAAACUUCAACAUGGCAGGCGUCGUCAGCAUGGAGCAGGUUCUACAGAUGAAAAGCGAAGACAUCCGUAACAUUGGCGUCCGUCUGCCAGGACACCUGAAAAGAAUCGCCUACAGCAUCUUAGGACUUAAAGACCAGACCAGCACUCUGAGUGUAUUUGCUGUGUGAAGCACUCCUACAAGUUCUGGAGUUUGCUAAAGGGGCCACAAACUAUCUCUGACUGACUGGCUAAACGCAGA